AUGGGGAAUAAAGCUGGAAAACUCAAGAAGGAAAAGCUUGGUCAUCCCUUCUUCUUCUAUGAAGGCGUAAAGGCCGCUCAUGAAGGUCGUUACUCUUCCUCAGAAAUAUUUUUCGAGAAUGCGUUAGGAAGUCAUCCUGGGCGAGAUUUCUGGGUAAAGUUGAACAAAGGCAUCAAUAUGCCCGACACUAUUAUAAAGCAUUCUACUGAAGGUGACUCUACAACAUCCAAGACGACCUGCGAUGAAGAUACAGUGCUAGAGCUGAUUUUGGAUGAGCAAGCGGAUAAUAUCUUGGAUUAUAUCCGUCUUUCUCUGGAUAUUAUGCAUACUUACCUGUCUCUGACUCCUAAUAAAAUCAAUGGCGGCAUCGCACUUGCUUACUGUGUCUCCAUCUGCAGAGGAACUCGCGAUCUGAAUCAUCUUCUGAGGAUCUGGGCGAGGGAGGCCGGUAAGACAAUAAUGUCACCUGAGAUGGUUGCGAACACCGUGAAUCCCUUCAAAAAGGCCAAUAGCGAAAGUAAUGGUGAAGAAUGCGUACCACUGUGUAUGAUUGUGACCACCAUUUGGCUAUUUCAAUCCACCCUUCAACAUUACUGGAAUUGUGCAUGUAUCAAUUAUUGCGUACUCCUUCUUCAGUACACCCAGAACAUGGAGAGUAAAUCUCAAGUAAAGCAUAAGGCAAGGGCCCAUGCUAAUAUCCUCGACCUCUCGUCGGCCUCGAUGUUCAACCUCCACGAGGCGUGUAAUCUGCUCGAAUAUACCAGUGCGGCGAAGGAUUUGAAUUCCCGUUUGCCCAAGACCAACUUCACAUUAUAUUUGUCGGAGAACCCCACUUCAAAGAAUAACUUUCAAUAUCAGGUCACCGAUACGAACACACACGGCAGCAAAAAAAGCAACCGGGACAUUAGGCCGAGUAUUUUCGGCCCGAGCACCGUAACUCAACCUUUUUUCUACCAUGGAAGACGUAUUAACCUCGAGAACAUGAUCUCGCCGUUCGUUCGUGAGGAUCCACCGAUUCGCCUUUCGGUGAAAACCCAAAUAUCAAGGAAUAACCUUGUUCACAUAAAGUCUGCGGGGAAGCGCGAUACUUAUUAUUACCUGGAGUGGUUCUUCACAAAGUCUGUGUCCAUCGUGCCUGGUCAUAACUUACAUUUCUUGCGGAAGGAUUUACCAUACUACAUUGUCAAGCUUGAGACCAUCUUUAAGAAGUCAGUGAAAAAUUUUGGCUCUCUGAGAGCUGAUAUGACAAGCAUUAUCAUCAAUAAGGAGCCUAAUCCCCCAUCGGACUUUUUUCAAGGAAUCAGCGUUAAAGUGAACUCAGACGAAGAUCACGGAGCGAAGGGAAAGUCGAACGAUCAGGAUAACCAGGAUGUCCCAUCUUCUACAGAGGAAGCGGACCUUAAUAUAGACUUCAUAACUGAGAACACCAUUGAGGAGGUUGAAAAAAUUAGUCUUCAAAACUACGAAAACACACUUCUCAACUUUAAGGAUGACACUACAUUACGUCUCUUGACUAUUGAAGAGGCUUUUCUCACACAAGUAAUUAUUGCUGUCAUAAAGUUGAAGAUUCUGAAAAAGAAGAAACACUUUGAGGAUGCCGAACGAUUAAAUGAGUUUGUACGAAACACAGCGAUUAGCUUCUACGGCAAUGGGUCUCACGAGUUAGAAUUCAUCUUCAAUAUUGAAAGUUAUAUUAACAUUUAA